AUGCGCCUCGCUAUCCGCUGGAAGAUAUUCAAACGCCUCUCUUUAGAUGACUACCUUGUGGUCCUUGCGUGGGGCGCGCUGCUUCCCGCCGAAAUCAUCUGGCAUACCCGAAUCCGGAGUUACUUCGACAAAAUCGACACUAUGCCUUCACCGCCGGCGCAUGUGGACAACUAUGUCUCUGAUAAAAUAAAAGAAGGGCCAAAGUGGCAUGCGACGUACCAUAUCCUCUUCGGCAUUUGCCUUUGGUCUGUGAAGUUCUCAUUCCUGGCUUUCUUCUGGAAAAUCGUAGACAAGACUCACACGCGGGGUAUUUGGUGGUGGGGCGUGACGGGCAUCACUGCCGUUACUUUCAUUACUUUCCUAUGUCUUUGGCCGUGGGAAUGCACGGGUGGAUCGGUUGAACAUCUACUCGUAUAUUGCCAAGACAAACCCCAAAUCCACAUCGCAGACACCAUGUUCCAAGUCAACACCGCCUUCGACUUCAUCACCGACAGCCUCAUCAUCUCAAUCGCCCUCCGCAUCCUCUGGCCCGCCCGCAUCUCCUGGCUCAAAAAAGCGCUCCUCCUCGCCGUCUUCGCCUGCAUCCUGCUCACCAUGGCCAUCACCCUCCUGCGCAUCGUCAUCGCGCCCUCCCACCAGCUCAGCCAGACGACCGACCUGCCCUGGCACUGGCACUUCACCUGGAGCGUCAUCGAGAUGAGCCUCGCGAUCUCCGUGGCGUGCCUCAUCUCUUUCCACCAGCUCUAUGUCAGCGCCCAUGGCCAGAGCACGCACGCGUUUCGCGCCUCGCGCAGCUCGGAUGGGUCGUCGUUGCGGAGGCUGCAGGCGAGGUUCCCGAUGCUGGCGAGCUGGCGGAGUGGGGAGACGGUGCGGGCUAGUGAGGUGGCGCGUUUGGAGACGACGCUGGUGCCGCUAAGGGGGAUUUAUGUCCGGAAUGAGGUUUCGGUUGAGCGGAGCGGGGAUGGGGAGGAUGGGGGUGAGGCGGUGCUAAGGGCGUAUUCGCUGAAAGUGGACGCGAGGGCGAGUGUGAGAGCUGGAGAGUUCGAGGGAUCGUGAGACGAGUAUGGAAGAGUGGGUUGAGACAGUAGUCGUCAUGGUUAAGGAUGAGCAUCUGGUUACAAGCAGAUGUCAAGACAAAAGGGCCAAAGGCACCCAAUAGCGUUAAGAAACAUUUUGAGUAGCUCUAUUGUGUGUACAGUCUAUAUAUAUGCUAGACAGGAUAUUGUGAAAGAGAAACACGAAAAGAAAAAUCGUACACAAGGAGAGAUAGCAAGCCAGUCACUUUUUCUCGCACAAUCUAUGCCUCGCCGGUGGACAUGAGAUUACGGUCCUAGGACAUUCAAGAGAGACGUCCAUUGAUGGGGCCUGACCAGUUAGUUGAGCAAGUUGAUGAUCU